AUGCUGGAGCGAAGAGACGCCGCGAGUGCCGACGUCCAAAGUGAAAAUUUUGCAAAGGCUGCAGGAGGUCCUGAGCGGAAAAAUAUUGAGAUCAACUCUGAUGAAUCUCAGCCCCCAAGUGGCAGAAGUAAAAUGCACUCAGCUGCUGAGCAGCACCCCAAGGAGCCUACAAUCUUUGAAGAGGUAUCUGUGGUUCUCAUGGAAGAAAAGGAGUUCACCUUGGACCCCUACCUCCUUGCCCUCAGCGGGAAUAACAUCCAGCAGUAUUGCACCAUGCUGUCCUGGCUGGAAUUGAAGAAUCCCAAGCCUGAAAUUUACUUCGAGAUGGAGCAAGGCGUCACAUUGCCCCUCUCGCUGGCCCACGUUGUCGAGGAGUUUGAUAUUCUGCCGUGUUUAUGCCAAGACAACAGGACACUGCAGGAGCCCGAAUCCCUGCAGCAGGAGAGCGCUGCCGUGCCGCUGGUACGACUGCAGUAUAAUUUUGUGCCGGAAUUGGAAGGCGGCGUCCUCCAGGGGAAACCUUCGGCCGGCAGGACCGUUUCGGAGAUCCAGCAGGGGGCAGGCCUUCAGGCGAGGAGCGAGGAGCCCGUUUCCUCCGGGGGAAACCCUGGCAUGCCUCCAGAGGCGCCGAGAUAUCACCCCUGCCGGGAAGGGCCGGUGGGACAUUUUGAUCCAACGCUCCCAAAGCAGGAAGGCUCCCGGCAGCCGGCUGCAAUGCGCUUUGCCGCAGAGACCCUUUCGCAGGGAUCUGAGCGGAGCGGUGCCCGAGAUGUUGCUGGGCUCAACCUGCUUCUGAGAAAGGGAGGGCAUCGCUGCGAAGGCAAUGCUGAAGAACCCACCAACCACCCAAGCAAAGGAACUUCUUGCCUCUGCUUCAAUGCCAGUGAAGGCAUCGGCGAGUCUUUCCAGAUUCGUGAGGGAGCUUGUGCCAGAGAGGGAUCUUUCUCGGGUCCCAGAGAGGGAGGCAAACCCGCUCUGAAGCUAAACCCCACUGCCCCCAAGCUGGUCCCCCCUGAGCAGCCCCGCAAAGGCCGUGGCGGCAGACCCCCUGUCAGUUUUAGCGCAGCAAACCUCGCCGCACACCAGGAAAUCUUCACAGAUGAGCGGCAGGAACUCUCCAGCCCCCUUAACCUCCAGCGCCUUCCCAGCCCAGCAGGAGACAAGGUAGAAAAACCGUUCAAGUGUCCCGACUGCGGGAAGGGCUUCUUGCACCGGUCAAGCAUUCCCAGGCACCGGAACCUGCAUUGCCUGGGCGCCCUGCCCCAACAGAAGAGCCCCUGGGGGGAGAACCCCCUUCGUGGCCCCGGCCCUGGUGGGACGGGCUUGGCUGAAAAAAAGCAAUGCAACGCUUGCAAGCGACUCUCCUUCCCACAUCCGGGGGUACAGAAGCAGCGGCCAGCUGGCAAGGAACCCUUCCGCUGCCCCGACUGCGGCAAAACGUUCGCCGAGAAGUCUUCGAUGGUCAGGCACCGGGCGCUGCACCAAAGCGAGAGGCCCUUCAGGUGUCUCUGCUGCGGCAAAAGCUACACCCAGAGCGUUUCUCGGGAUGAGUUUCCUGUAUCAGGCUCUCGCUGCAUCCGGAUCAGCGGGAGCGAGCCUCGCACCGGGAACUGGAACAGCAGCCGCCGCCGCUGCCGCUCGGACGAAGCGACGCCCGAUCCCUUCCCCUGCCUUCCCCAACCCCCUUCGCCGGACCGAGGUUUCUGCGGGGAGGCUUAG